UUACAUUUUUCGCUUAGCGUUUUUCAUUUUCUCGUUUGAAUUUACAAAUUUUUAAAUUAUUUUUUUUUUUAAAUAUGCCUAAAAUUUCUUCGAAACAAAAAAAUCGCAAAAUUGUUACUUCAUCCAUGAAGAAUAAUAAGAAUAAUAGAAACAAUAACAAUAUCAAUUCAUUUCAUCUCAGAAAUGAUCUCGCCGAAGUAAAACCUUCUUUUCCUACAACUGUAACCAUGAAAGAUUUAAUCAGAAACGCUGUUAAUUCUUACUCUCGAAGAUCUCUUCCCAACGCUUUUUUCGCUUAUAGAAUGGCUUUAAUUAACGAGUAUCGUAUUAAAAAUCGUAAAUUACCUCGUAUGGGUGAAAUUUCUAAAAUCGCUAAAAUUUUUUGGGAUUUAGAACCUGAUUAUGUCAAGGAUUCUUAUAAAACUUUAACUAGAGAUGCUAAAUCAUUAUAUAAACAGAAUCAAAUUGUUUUAGAUAAAAAUAUGAAUUAUAUCAAACAAAAUAACAUGGCAGGAGAUCAUGUUGAAGUUAAUCAAGAUACUAAGGGUUUCUCUUAUUCAACAUUUUACUGUUAAAUUCUAACAGUAAUAUAUAUUUUUAUGUUAGCUAGUUAGUAAAUACUGUAGAUAAGCAGAUAGAUACUAUAUAGUAGAUUUUAUUUAUGUAAAACAAGAUAGAUAUUAGGUUAUUUAUUUAAUUAUUUGGUAUUUA